GACAGAGCGAACAUAUAAGAAGGAAACCAGAGAUCUGGUGCUAUUACGCCCCAGAGUCUAAGGGAACGAGUAAGCACAGAAUUCAAAGCAUUCUUCAGCUUGAAAUUUUAAGGAGUGCAUUUAGGAGCUAAGCAAGGUGAUUUAGGAUAACUGCUUUAAACUCCAGAACCAAGGAUAAGAAUUGGGAGUUGCAGACAUUUCAAUAUGAAGGACAACUUCAAUCUUGCCACCAUCAGUAAAAACAUCACCAGCAGCCUUCAGUUCGACCAUUUGAACAUAUCUGGCAACAACGAGUCCAUAUUUAACUGCUCGCACAAACCAUCAGAUAAGCAUUUAAAUGCAAUUCCUGUUCUCUACUACAUUAUUUUUGUGAUUGGGUUUCUUGUUAAUAUUGUUGUGGUCUCACUGUUUUGUUGUCAAAAGGGUCCUAAAAAGGUUUCCAGCAUUUACAUUUUCAAUCUUGCUGUGGCUGACUUACUCCUUUUGGCUACUCUCCCUCUCUGGGCAACCUAUUAUUCUUAUAGAUAUGAUUGGCUCUUUGGACCUGUGAUGUGCAAAGUUUUUGGUUCUUUUCUGACCUUGAACAUGUUUGCAAGCAUUUUUUUUAUUACCUGCAUGAGUGUUGAUAGAUACCAAUCAGUUAUCUAUCCCUUUCUUUCUCAGAGAAGAAAUCCCUGGCAAGCAUCUUACAUAGUUCCCCUUGUUUGGUGUAUGGCCUGUCUGUCCUCAUUGCCAACAUUUUAUUUCCGAGAUGUCAGAACAAUUGAAUACUUAGGUGUGAAUGCUUGUAUUAUGGCUUUCCCACCUGAGAAAUAUGCCCAAUGGUCGGCUGGGAUUGCCUUAAUGAAAAAUAUUCUUGGUUUUAUUAUUCCUUUAAUAUUCAUAGCAACAUGCUACUUUGGAAUCAGAAAACACUUGCUGAAGACCAAUAGUUAUGGGAAGAACAGAAUAACCCGUGACCAAGUCCUGAAGAUGGCAGCUGCUGUUGUCUUGGCAUUCAUCAUUUGCUGGCUUCCUUUCCAUGUUCUGACCUUCCUGGAUGCUCUGGCCUGGAUGGGUGUCAUUAAUAGCUGUGAAGUUAUAGCAAUUAUUGACCUGGCACUUCCUUUUGCCAUCCUCCUGGGAUUCACCAACAGCUGCGUUAAUCCCUUUCUGUAUUGUUUUGUUGGAAACCGGUUCCAACAGAAGCUCCGCAGUGUGUUUAGGGUUCCAAUUACUUGGCUCCAAGGCAAGAGAGAGAGCAUGUCUUGCCGAAAAAGCAGUUCUCUUAGAGAAAUGGACACCUUUGUGUCUUAAACCUGCUAAUAGGAUGCAUGCAAUCAACUGGCUAUUGUUUUUGAGGCCCACCUGAAUUGUCUUUAAAUGGCUUCAGUAAAAUAUUUCUUUCCCUUAUCUAAUCUUUACUCACCCUGCCAACAUAGGAAAGAAACCAAGUGUGCCUGUAAGUUUUUAUCCUUCACUGACUUUCAGGACUUAUGUAUUGCUUUUUUUUUGGGGGGGGGGCGUAUUUUGGCACAACAUUAUAAUUGAUGAAUCUAUAGCCAGAUUAUCAUAGCUAUAAUCUAGAAGUAAUUGGGGAUCUAUAGCAAAUUAAGAUUAACAACAAAUUAUGAGUGAUGAAUUGGAGUUUCAGAUUCUCCAUGAAAAAUGCUGGCAUUUCCUUGUGGAGGUCUGUAUUCAAUUUCAACAGAUUUUCUUUCCUCAUAAAUAAGGGCCAGUUUUAACUUCUCACAUCAUUUACCAGACAAUAUAGCACAAGAGAUGAGCAUUAAGUGUAGCAUGAUAUACUAUUCUAUAUAUUCAAUAGAUUGGUACUGGAUUAUUCAGGCUCUCAUUACAUAUUUUCUACUUUUCAAGAAAUUAUAAGUUCUAUGGCUUUUACAUUUCAUUUGAGCAUAACUUUGUACUUGACAUAUAGAUACAUAUUGAGUAGGUCUAGGAAUGUGGAUUCAAUCACACGUCCAUGUUUUAGCUUAUUCUUAUACUUAUAGAAAUUAAAAUGUAGAGUAAAACAGAAUUGAAAUUAACAAAGAUUUUGAUAUUCACUAAACUGAACUUUAAAAACUAUUUUUUAUCCAUUUUGACUAUUGUUUAAAGUUUUUCUGAUGAUUUUUUUGAAUACAGUAACAAAACACUUUAUUAUUAUACAAUACAAAGGUCACCUUUUACAUUUUUAAGCUUUUGAAUGAGGUGCUUUGAUAUAUACAGUGGUGACUUGAUUUUAAAUUAUUCAUGCUUUGGUUCUGGGCUACUUCUCAAAAUAUCUGUGAGGAUUCUUCAAUUCUUUAACGUAUGAAACUGUAAAUUGAUAUAAGAAAAGGUUAUGCUAGAAUGAAAUUUUUUGUACCUCCUGGGGUGGGGCCAAAGAUACCCAGUAAAUGGCAAGUUUGUUGUCAAACAAGGAAUUUAUCAGAAUAUAGACACCUUAGAGAAUAGUUUUAAACUGUAUCUAUGGACACUGUUCACAGAAUUUAAUGUAAGAUUCUGUGAAGUGGAUUUAAAUCAAGCACAGGUCUAUAGAUCUUCUCAACAUUAUUAGACUCCUUAAGUCAAAGGAAUAUAUUACCUGAAACUGGCAGAGUUACUUAAUGUUUGCUCAGAUUAGAGAAUGAACAUUUUAGUUCAAGAUUUCAUUCUGCACCAGCCCCAUAUUAUAUCAGGUUACCUAAGAUCUUCCCGGACCAAUAAUGACCUGUGAGGUAGAAUUAAAGUUCUGGAGACUUAAUAUUGCUGCCGGGUUCUGGGGUUUCAAGUUGAAGAAUCCUCACAUACCGCUUCCUGGGAAAACUCUAAUUUCAUGUAAUCAUCUUGUUUUCAGUAGAAACAAAUAGCUAAAUGUAUAAUUAGCUAUGACUUCAUGUUUUACUUUUUUACAAAAAUAUCUCAUA